CAUAUUGAAGAAGCAGGACAUUGGGUGAUGGUAGAACAAACAAAUCAACUUCAUAAAUACAUUGAAGAAUUUCUUGAAAAUUUAAAGAAAAUUGAAGGGCAGUCUCAAGUGAUGCAAGAUUUCAGAAAAAUACCUCGGAAUAAUUCAAAAUUGUAG